GCCCAGGCCCCGCCCCGCCCCGGCUCGGGCUGCCGAGGACCCGGAGUAGAGGCGCCCGAGCCCGCGGCGCGGGGACGAUGUGGUUCUUUGUCCGGGACCCGGUCCGGGAUUUCCCGUUCGAGCUCAGCCCGGAACCUGCCGAGGGCAGCCCGCCGGGGCCCUGGGCGCUGCACCGCGGCCGCAAGAAGGCCACCGGCAGCCCGGUGUCCAUCUUCGUGUACGAUGUGAAGCCUGGCGCCGAAGAGCAGACCCAGGCGGCCAAAGCUGCCUUCAAGCGCCUCAAAACGCUCCGGCACCCCAACAUUCUGGCCUUCAUCGACGGGCUGGAGACAGACAAAUGCGUCCACGUAGUGACAGAGGCCGUGACUCCGCUGGGCGUGCACCUCAGGACGCGAGCAGAGGCUGGUGGCCCCAAGGAGCUGGAGCUGUCCUGGGGGCUGCACCAGAUUGUGAAAGCCCUCAGCUUCCUCGUCAACGACUGCAGCCUCAUCCACAACAACGUCUGCAUGGCCGCUGUGUUUGUGGACCGUGCCGGCGAGUGGAAGCUCGGGGGCCUGGACUACAUGUACUCGGCCCAGGGCAAUGGCGGGGCGCCCCCCUGCAAGGGGAUCCCCGAGCUCGAGCAGUAUGACCCUCCAGAGCUGGCUGAUAGCAGUGGCAGAGCCGUCCGAGAGACGUGGUCAGCCGACAUGUGGCGCUUGGGCUGCCUCAUCUGGGAAGUCUUCAACGGGCCCCUACCUCGGGCCACUGCCCUGCGCAACCCCGGGAAGAUCCCCAAAUCGCUGGUGCCCCAUUAUUGCGAGCUGGUUGGAGCCAACCCCAAGAUGCGUCCCAACCCAGCCCGCUUCCUGCAGAACUGCCGGGCACCCGGUGGGUUCAUGAACAACCGCUUUGUGGAGACCAACCUGUUCCUGGAAGAGAUUCAGAUCAAAGAGCCGGCUGAGAAGCAAAAGUUCUUCCAAGAGCUGAGCAAGAGCCUAGACUCGUUCCCCGAGGAUUUCUGCCGGCACAAGGUGCUGCCCCAGCUGCUGACUGCCUUCGAGUUUGGGAAUGCGGGGGCUGUGGUCCUCACCCCCCUCUUCAAGGUGGGCAAGUUCCUCAGUGCUGAGGAGUAUCAGCAGAAGAUCAUCCCUGUCGUUGUCAAGAUGUUCUCAUCCACUGAUCGGGCCAUGCGCAUCCGCCUCCUACAGCAGAUGGAGCAGUUCAUCCAAUACCUUGAUGAGCCAACAGUCAACACCCAGAUCUUUCCCCACGUCGUGCAUGGCUUCCUGGACACCAACCCUGCCAUCCGGGAGCAGACCGUCAAGUCCAUGCUGCUCCUGGCCCCGAAGCUGAACGAGGCCAACCUCAAUGUGGAGCUGAUGAAGCACUUCGCUCGGCUGCAGGCCAAGGACGAGCAGGGCCCCAUCCGCUGCAACACCACCGUCUGCCUGGGAAAAAUCGGCUCCUACCUCAGCGCCAGUACCAGACACAGGGUCCUCACCUCCGCCUUCAGCCGGGCCACUAAGGACCCGUUUGCACCGUCUCGGGUUGCCGGUGUUCUGGGCUUUGCUGCCACCCACAACCUCUACUCGAUGAAUGACUGCGCCCACAAAAUCCUGCCCGUGCUCUGUGGCCUCACUGUGGAUCCCGAGAAAUCUGUGCGGGACCAGGCCUUCAAGGCCAUUCGAAGUUUCCUUUCCAAACUGGAGUCUGUGUCAGAGGACCCCACCCAGCUGGCCGAAGUGGAGAAGGAUGUCCAUGCCGCCUCCAGCCCUGGAAUGGGAGGAGCCGCAGCCAGCUGGGCAGGAUGGGCUGUGACAGGGGUCUCCUCGCUCACCUCCAAGCUGAUCCGUGCACACCCCACGGUUGCCCCAGGGGAGCCCAAUGUCUCCCAGAGACCCACGCCUGAGGGACUUCCUGCCCCGGCUCCUACCCCUGCCCCUCCCACACCCGUUACCUCAGGACACUGGGAGGCACAAGAGGAGGGCAAGGACACAGCAGAGGACAGCGGCGCUGCCGACAGAUGGGAUGACGAAGACUGGGGCAGCUUGGAGCAGGAGGCCGAGUCUGUAUUAGCUCAGCAGGACAACUGGAGUACUGGGGGCCAAGCCAGCCGCGCUGGGCAGACCAGCAACCCUGACCACAAAUCUCCUGAGUCGGACUGGAGCAGCUGGGAAGCUGAGGGCUCGUGGGAGCAGGGUUGGCAGGAGCCAAGUCCCCAGGAGCCACCCCCUGUGGGCACUCAGCUGACCAGCGAGUAUAACUGGGGUGGACCAGAGCCCAGUGACAAAGGCGACCCCUUUGCUGACCUGUUGGCGCGUCGGGAGGUUGGCACCCAGCCAAGACCUGAUUCAUGGGGUGAUGACAACUGGGGUGAUGAUGGCCUGGAGACCGAGAGCCGGCAGGCGAAGGCGGAGCUGGCCCGGAGGAAGCGGGAAGAACGUCGGCGGGAGAUGGAAGCCAGACGUGCUGAGAAGAAGGCCGCAAAGGGCCCCAUGAAGCUGGGGACCCGGAAGCUGGACUGAACUGCUGGUGUGGGCGCCCCGGCCACGGGGAGCAGCCCAUGGAUGUAUUUAUUGUACAAACCAUGCCAGCCCGGCCAGCCCGGCCAGGCACACCUCACAUGUACAUAAUCAGCCACAAUAAAUCCUAUUUCACACCCCU